AUCACCACUUCAAGAUGGCGGCCCAAUUUCUCGCGUCACUGCAGCCAAUGCUGUGUCUACCUAUAACAUGUCUCUGGUCUUGUCCAUACAUAACUCUGAAAUAGUUUAUACACUGCUGCCAUCUAGUGGAUAAAGUCUGCAACUACUUCUAAAUGUAAUAUCCAGCCGUUAUAAACGCCUAAUUAGAAUCAUCAAAUCGUCCAAUUCAGACUAUUUUUAAAAUUCAUUUCGAACAACAUUCAGGACGAAAGUGAUGAAUAUUAACGACUCUGAACAGAUUUUGUUCAAAUGUCAUCGUUCAAAAGUCUAAAAUGGCGGCCUAUGUGCGCAUGCGCACUUCGCGCGUUGUUGUUUUGUGGAAGCCUCGUCGAAUGUCCUUCUUCUCUUUUACAUCCACAUUUUAGCUUUUGGGAUUGUGUGAACAUGUGCAAAGUAGAAAUGCUGAGAGUGUUGGUGAAGCAGCGACUAACUGCUGCUGUGGAAGAAAUAUUUGUAGUGUUAGAAAGAACCAUAGCAGAAUACGAGGAGGAACUUUCUAGAAGAAAAGAGGAGAACGAGCGACAACGUCAACUACUGGACGCUCUUUUCAACAAACAUCAACAAACAGUCGGUGAAGAACAUCUUCCUCCAGAUCAACAAUAUUGGACCUCCAAGAUGGAACAGGAGGAGACAGAGCCCCCCUGCAUUAAAGAAGAGGACGAGGAAGCUGAUAUCUCUCAUUUCCCAGUGACUGGUGUCCCUGUGAAGAGUGACGAUGAUGAGGGCCAAGGUGAAAGUGAGGAGAGGAGAGAGGCGGAGCCUCCAAGCAGCAGCUCACCUUCAAGACAAGGUGAUGGAGACCACUGUGGAGGAUCCCAAGCAGACUUAGCUCCACUGUCAGAUAGUGAGCAGACAACAACACCCUCUCCUGACACUGAUGAUGAAGAUUCUAAAGCUGAAGCUGGAGUAAAUUCCUUCCCGUGCUUGGUUUGUGGGAAAGCGUUUACCCGAAAUGCACAUUUGAUAUCACACAAAAGAACACACACGGGGGAAAAACCUUUCGUUUGCUCCGUUUGCGGUAAAAAGUUCACUGAAAAGGGCGGCCUGAAGAAACACACGAGAACGCACACCGGGGAAAAACCGUUUUCCUGCUCGGUCUGCAAAACGAGUUUCAGCGACCAUUCAGCGUUGGCGAGGCACACGAGGAUACACACCGGGCAGAAACCCUUUUCCUGCGCCGUCUGCCACGCCAACUUCCGCCAGCGGACAGCUUUGGUGACCCACACGAGACGGCACACCGGGGAGAAACCGUUCUCUUGCUCGGUCUGCCAAACACGUUUCAGGGUUCAGACGUCCUUGAAUCAACACAUGAGGACGCACACCGGAGAGAAACCUUUUGGCUGCACUGUCUGCGACAAAAGAUUCUCCCAAAAGUCAACGCUGACUGAACACGCCAGGUUGCACACCGGAGAGAAACCUUUCGCCUGCUCAGUGUGCGACAUGAGCUUCAGUUACCACUCGUCGUUCAUCCAACACAGGAAAAGACACACACGGGAGAGUUUAGCUGUGUAUUACCGUAAAGAACAUCUCCCCCCCUCUGAGCAGCAGAAGUGGCGUUCCAGGAAGGAGCAGGAGGAGCCAGAGCCCCCUCACCUCGAUGACAUCAUGACACAGGUGGGGAGGACAGAUGCUGACGGAGACCAGAUAGAAAAUGACAUCAUGAAACAGGAGGUGAAGAAUGAUGCUGACGAAGACCAAAUGGAAAACCUCCUACCUCCACUGUCAGAUUGCGAGGACAUGGCGUCAAACCCUUCUGACGUGGAUGAAGAUUCCGAAGCCGAAGCGACGUGUCAACCUGACGCCACGCGCUUGACGUGCUUUCACUGUGGUGACACCCUCAGGAGCCAGCUCCUCCUGGAGGAACACGUGAAGCGUCACACGGCCGACAAGUCCAUGCAGUGCACCAGGGAGGAGAACCUCUUCAAACAGGAAGUCCAGACAGGAGUUAAUGGAGACCAACUAGAAAACCUCCUACCUCCACUGUCAGAUUGUGACGGCAUGUCGUCCAACAUUUCAAGUUCCGACUCGGAUGAUGAAGACCCAGGAGCUGACGCUGACGCCGACGCACCCUUGGUGUUCUCUCACUCCGGCAAAACCUUUGACACGGUCGAUGAAGACCCCGGAGCCGAGGCCGACGCACCCUUGGUGUUCUCCCACUCCGGCAAAACCUUUGACUCGGUCGAUGAAGACCCCGGAGCUGAGGCCGACGCACCCUUGGUGUUCUCUCACUCCGGCAAAACCUUUGACACGGUCGAUGAAGACCCCGGAGCCGAGGCCGACGCACCCUUGGUGUGCUCUCACUCCGGCAAAACCUUCGAGAGCAAGAGUCUCCUGAACGAGCACAUGAAGUGUCACGCGGCCGUCAAAACCGUGAAAUGCACCGUCUGCGGGAAACGCUUAAGCAAGGGCCAUUUCGCCCGGCACCUCAGGCUGCACACGGGAGAGAAACCGUACGAAUGCUCCGUCUGCAGCGAGAGGUUCAUGCGGAGCGAAGCCAUGAAUCGGCACAUGAGGAAACACACCGAAGGGAAGCCGUAUCGCUGCGCCGUCUGCAACGCGGAGUUUUCCAAUCGCAGCGGGCUGAUCCGCCACAAGCGGAAGCACGAGGACAUGAAACGAUUCUUCUGCUCCGUGUGCAAGACGUCCCUUCCCGACCGCACCAGUUUGAUCGAACACACGGGAAAGCACGUUCACGAGGAAGUCCACGAGGAACAUCUUCCUCCUGAGUGUAGCUCCGUGAUGGAGCGGGAGGAGUCAGAGCCCGCCCACAUUAAAGAGGAGGAGUCAGAGCCCGCCCACAUUAAAGAGGAGGAGUCAGAGCCCGCCCACAUUAAAGAGGAAGAGGAGGAGCACAGCAUCAGUCAGGAGGUGAGUGUCCCUGUGAAGAGUGAAGAAGAUGAAGAAGGAAACGAGAUGUCAGACAGCGAGGACAGAACAUGUCUUUCUGAGGAUGAAGAGCCUGAAGGCGAGGUCAACAACACCCGCCUGAAGUGCUCUCAGUGUGACAAAAGCUUCAGUUGCAAGAAGUACCUGCGCGGACACCUGAGGAUCCACACCCGGGAGAAACCCUUCAGCUGCUCCUUCUGCGGCAAGAGAUUCAAACUGAAGGAACACGUCACCAGUCACAUGCGGAACCACGUUGAGGAGAAACCCUUUUCCUGCGCCGUGUGCCAGACCAGCUUCAGCGUGCCCUCGGCGUUGGCCAUGCACAUGAGGACGCACACGGGGGAGAAACCCUACAGCUGCCCGGCGUGCGGGGAGAAAUUCUCCCAAAAGGGGAACCUGAAGAGACACUCCAGGACGCACUCGGGGGAGAAACUCUUCGACUGCGCCGUGUGCGGGAGACGCUUCUCUCAGAAGGGCCACUUGAUGUCGCACGCGCGGACGCACACGGGAGAGAAACCCUUUUCCUGCUCGGUGUGCAGCACGCGCUUCAACGUCAGGUCGGCGCUGGUGAGGCACGUGAGGACACACGCUCGCCAGACUUCCUCACUAAAACGCUGAAAACAACUCAGCAGUAUCACCUACACACUGAUAACAGCUAUCCAGUAUCACGCUGAUAACUACUAAGCAGUAUCACCUACACACUGAUAACAGCUAUCCAGUAUCGUGCUGAUAACAACUAAGCAGUAUCACCUACACACUGAUAACAACUAACCAGGGACGGCAUGGCGUGGUUGGGAGAGUGGCUGAGCCAGCAACCUGAGGGUUCCUGGUUCAUUCCCCACCUUCUAACAUCCUAGUCACGUCUACUGUGUCCUUGAGCAAGACACUUCACCCUUGCUCCUGAUGGAUCCUGGUUAGGGCCUUGCUUGGCAGCUCCCUCCAUCAGUGUGUGAAUGGGUGAAUGUGGAAAUAGUUUCAAAGCGCUUUGAGUUCCUUAAAAAAGGUAGAAAAGCGCUAUAAAAGUAUAACCCAUUUACCAAUAUCAUGCUGAUACCAGUAUCACUCUGAUAACAACUAACUAGUAUCACCUACACACUGAUAACAACUAACCAGUAUCAUGCUGAUAACAACUAAGUAUAAUCACUUACACACUAAUAACAGCUAACCAGUAUCACGCUGAUAACAACUAACCAGUAUCACCUACACAAACAACUAACCAAUACCAUGCUUAUAAUAACUAACCAGUAUCACUCACACACUGAUAACAAAUAACCAGUAUCACGCUGAUAACAACCAACCAGUAUCACCUACACACUGAUAACAGCUAACCAGUAUCACGCUGAUAACAACUAACCAGUGUCACCUACACAAACAAGUAACCAAUAUCAUGCUGAUAACAACUAACCAGUAUCAUCUACACACUGAUCACAACUAACCAGUAUAAUGCUAAUAACAACUAAGUAGUAUCACCUACACACUGAUAACAGCUAACCAGUAUCACGCUGAUAACAACUAACCAGUGUCACCUACACAAACAACUAACCAGUAUCACUUACACACUGAUAAGAAAUAACUAGUAUCGCGCUGAUAUAAACCAACCAAUAUCAUCCACACACUAACUAACCAGUGUCACACAGAUAACAACUAACCAGUAUCACUUACACACUGAUAAGAAAUAACCAGUAUCACGCUGAUAAAAACCAACCAACAUCAUCUACACACUGAUAACUAACCAGUGUCACACUGAUAACAACCAACAGUAUCACCUACACACUGAUAACAAUUAACCAGUAUCACCUACACACUGAUAACAACUAACCAGUAUCACCUACAAACUGGUAACAAUUAACCAGUAUCACUUACACACUGAUAACAACUAACCAGUAUCACUCUGAUGGCAACUAACGAGUACCAUGCUGAUCACUACUAACCAGUAUCACCUACACACUGAUAACAACUAACCAAUAUCACUCUGAUGGCAACUAACGAGUACCAUGCUGAUCACUACUAACCAGUAUCACCUACACACUGAUAACAACUAACCAGUAUCACUCUGAUGGCAACUAACAAGUACCAUGCUGAUCACUACUAACCAGUAUCACUUACACACUGAUAACAACUAACCGGUAUCACUCUGAUGGCAACUAACAAGUACCAUGCUGAUCACUACUAACCAGUAUCACCUACACACUGAUAACAACUUACCAGUAACACGCCGAUAACUAACCAGUAUAACCUGCACAAUGAUAACAACUAACCAGUAUCACAGUGUUAAAAACUAACCAGUAUCACACUGGCCACAACUAACUAGUAUCCCGCUGAUAACUAAGCAGUAUCACCUCCACACUGAUAACUACAACAAACCAGUAUCAUGCUGAUAACGAUCCUAUCAGCUGCUUUCUUUUUCUGGCAUUUAAUACUACUACUGUUAAUAUUCAUGUUUUACUUGUAGUUUUUGCUCAUUUUACUACUUGUAUUGUUAAUAAUACUAUUGCUUUACAUGUUGUUGUUUUUUUUUACUAAUUGUAGUAUUUUACUUGUUUUGUUGCUACUGGUAGUACAAUACUUGUAUUGUCACCAACAUUAGUACUUUGUAUUGUUAGUAACAAUACUAAUUAGCAAUACUAGUACUUUAUUUGUACUCUUCCUAAUAAUAAUACUUUACUUGCUAUUAGUAUUUUACUUGUGUUAUUGCUAAUUAGUACUUUAUUUGCAUUGUUAGUAAGAACACAAGUAAGGUACUAAUUAGCAAUAUCAGUACUUUAUUUGUACUCUUACUAAUUAUAAUACUUCACUUGCAUUGUUACUAAUAGUUGUGGUUUUCUUGUAUUGUUACAAAUGUUAGUAUUUUAUUUGUAUUGUUGCUAUUAUUACUAUUUUACUCGUAUUGUUACUACUAUUAGUAUUUGUAUUGUUGUUAAUAUUACUAUUUUACUCGUAUUGUUACUACUAUUAGUAUUUGUUGCUAAUAGUACUUUACUGGUAUUGAUGUCAAUAGUAGUAUUUUACUUGUUUUGUAACUAAUUAAUACUUUACUUAUAUUAUUACUGGUAUUAAUACUUUGCUUGUUUGAUUACUAAUAUUAGUACUUUAAAUGUAAGAAGAGUACUUCACUUGUCUUGUGAAAACACAAAUGCACUUUUGUAUGCAAUGCAGAUUUUUAUCGUAUAUUUCCCGCAGCCACAGCGGAUGACGUCAUCAUCUCAUUAGCAUAAUCGAAUUACGUCAUCGUCUUAUUAGCAUAAUUAGCAUGACGUGACACUGAGAGACAAUCCUGGAACAAAUCAUGAAAAGCGGAACUAAUACGUUUGGAAAUAAAAAAUACUUUUUCCAGUU